AUCCUGUGAUAAAAAGAGGGGCGCGGGGGAAAAGUAGGGAGAAGCUCUGGACUGGUUCUCUCUUUUCCCCACAUCGCGCCCGCAACUUCCCCGGCAGCCCGCAAGCACAUGGGCGCCGGCCGGAGCCUCUAGGAGCGGAGCGGAGCCGCCGACAAGCUCAGCUCAGCACAGCACAGCUCAGCUCCGUUCAGCGCCCGCCGAGCGAGGCUGCCCUCUAAGGAUUCCUGGUCGCUGUGCAGGUGUGAAGGUGGGCAGCACCCGUAAGCCAUCACCAUGGAUUUUGUUAUGAAACAAGCUCUUGGGGGGGCUACCAAAGACAUGGGGAAGAUGCUGGGUGGGGAUGAAGAGAAAGACCCAGAUGCUGCUAAGAAAGAAGAGGAACGACAGGAGGCUCUCCGGCAAGAAGAGGAAGAGAGGAAAGCCAAAUAUGCCAAGAUGGAGGCUGAAAGAGAAGUUAUGAGACAAGGGAUUCGAGACAAGUAUGGGAUAAAGAAGAAGGAAGAAAAGGAAGCAGAGGCCCAGGCUGCACUGGAAGCUAAUGCUGAAGGGAGCCUGACACGCCCAAAGAAGGCAAUCCCUCCUGGUUGUGGGGAUGAAGAGGAGGAGGAAGAAGAGAGCAUUCUAGACACAGUCAUCAAAUACCUACCAGGGCCCCUGCAAGACAUGUUCAAGAAGUAAUAGUUGCAGACUGUUAGAUGGGCAUGAACAGUACUGCAAAGGAUUUCUCUUUUGCCCAAUGGGGAUUUACAAUCUUGCCAUUCACCAUGCAGCCCUCCCCACCUCUGCCCUCUUCUGCUCACUGGGAGUCCCUUUGCUUCCUGUUCCUUUUGACUGCCUCUUUCCCUCCACCACAAGACUCAUCCAUCCCUUUUUUUGUACAUAGUCACAUCCAGUAGAUGCCUCUGAAUGGAUGUAACAAUUAAAAAGCUGCAGACUACACAACUUUUAUUAUAAGCCAUAGUACUAUGUAUGUUAAAUAAGGCAACUGUACAUUAAGCAUAGAAAAGGAACAACCUCACAUGCAUUUCCAUCCAAAGCAGGAAGGAGUGUUCACUUAGUGUGAGCAGUGGCCUCUUUCAUUUUCUUUAAGUAUAUUUUAAUAAUUAUUAAUAAUAAUUAUUAGCAAUUAUUAUUAGUAUUCUGGUUGAUUGGCUCACACUAGCCAUUUGUUGUUGAGCACAUCUGCCCUUGGAAGGGAUAUCUCAGUUCUCCCAUGGAAGCAGAGCUAUCCUGUUUUAAUUCCACCACUGGCAUAAAUAAGAGUUCAUUUGGAUGGUAAAUCACACAUGACUUAAACAGCUGACAUCAUUUAGAACUGUGGAAGAAGUGAGUCAUCUGCCUCAGAAGUUAAUUGCCUCAGAAUCUAAACAAGAGUCAUGUUACUUUGGGAAUUAGCCAUACACUUAACAUGAAAGAGCAGAUUUGGUCAGUUAGUUGCAAUACAGAGCUGAAAUCACAAGAGAGUGCACACUGCUCUGGUAGAGGACCUCCCACAUGACUAAGUAUAUAGCCUGCUCUGAUUAACUAUUCUUUUUCUUGCUGCCCAGUACUGUAAUCAGCUGUCCCAUUCCCAGCACUGCUCGCAUGACAGACAUUUGGUUUCUAGUAUAUUCUGGUGACCGUGUCCUGCCUACCCCUUCCUGAACUGUGUGGGAGAGUGUGGUGGCCUGAAUCUUAGCCAUGGCCCUGGAGAUCCAGAAAUCCUGAGUAUGCCUGCUAUUAUCAUGGUAAAUUAACGUGUUGCCUUGGGGAGAUCACUUAAUUUUCUGCCCACCCAGCUUCUCCAGCAGUAAAAUGUAGGUUUCAGCCUCUACCUACAACAAAGACAUAAAGUGAGGGUGCUUCUCCAGUGCUGUGCAGGAGCUAAUUAAUAUCAUAACGGUGUGUAGCAUCCCUUGAUACUAGUAGAGUGGGAGGAAAUAAUCUCUCACCAUUGUCUUUAUUGCCCUUCCCAGGUCAGUAAAGCUUAUCAAUACAGCAAUGUAGGUAUUGAGUAACUGCAAAACAUAAGCCAAAUUCUAUUGGAGAUGCUGAGUUGCUAGUACAUACACAGGCUCAAAUGCACAGACAGACUUAUUUUGAAUACAGAGCUUCAUGAUCAGGUGUGUCUUUUCAUCUGAAGUGCUGAUCCUGGACUUUUUGCAUUUGACUAGUUCUCUGUAGUCGCAUCUCUGUGAGAGCAUCAUGCCAUCUCAGUCUCAUAAUCUUCUAAGAGAAGCACUGUGUGUCCCCAUCAUGGGAACAAUGAAAGUUUCCUAAGUGUAUAGAAGAGAUUUGGAAGCCAAUGCACACUUGCUACUGAAAAGAAAAGGAAAAAAAAAAAGGGAAAAAAAGAAAAGAAAAAGAGAAAAAAAAGAGGAAAAAAAGGCAAGAAAGAAAAGAAAGGAAAGAAAGAAAGAAAAAAAAUCCAUCUGAGACCCUUCCUUAUGUACCUAAAUUAGGCAUUUUACUUCAAUGGAACUUCUUUGAUGCAUUUGCUUAGUGGAACUGAGAUUAGGUGAAUAACUCAGUAUUUAAUGAGUAAGACAUUUUAAAAGAUAUUUAUAAUCUUUUCAGGUCAGCAGAAGAAAUCUGCACCACGGUUAAGGCAGUGAGCUCAUGAAUUCCGUGCCUUUUAGCAGCACCUCUGAAAAAUAUUAUGAAAGAGAAGAAAUAUAUUUAUUUUCCCUUCCUCACCCAAUUCUUAUUCAGUAUGGUAGUCCUUGCUUCUUCACAGAUAACUUCAACUAUAUGUUUCUACUGAACCUAAUUUGGAGACUGAGGAAGUUUGACUGAUCUACAAGUCAGAACCAGCUGAUAGAGAUGCAACUUACUUCAGACUGGAUCUACAAACAAGACGUGUUCAUUCAAGUACAAGCUGCCAAAGGUUUCUGAGAGGAAAGAAAAGGCGGAUUUUACUCUUUCAAAUAAUGUUAGUGGGUUUUUUUUUCCCUACCUUACAUUUCAAGCAGGAUGAGUCCCCGAUAUGGUUUAAUGACUUGGAGCGCUCCUUAUCUCUGAAUCAGUGGUUAAGUAUAGCAUAGCGGUGUUGAUCAAUUUAUUAUUUUCUAGGUAGUGUGUCCUGCUUACCCCAUGCAAAUUCAGCAACUAGUAAUUUGAGCCUAUUUAAGUAAACCUCAAAUAAUUGAAAACUCUCCUUUUGUCACAAAGGCAGCAGCUGUUUUUGAUGCUCUGCCACAGAGGUAACUAAACCAAACACCCCUGAAAACUGAAAGGCAGAAGCUGGCUCUUUGCUUCAUCUAGUCACUAUUAGCAAAAUCUUCUAGCCCCAAUCACACUGACAUGCUGACAUCCGUAUUUUUGAAAUGCUCAGACUAAUCUGUGUGGCCUGCAUCCUCUAAUACGUAAGUAGAAUCAGCAGAAGUGUGCCCCUGAUGAAAUUAGGAGCACAUCUGUCCGCAUUUUUUCCUUGGCCUUGUGCUGGAGAACUCUAGAAACAAACGAAUAAAGAGAAUGACCUCAUUCUGCUGUGCUCUGGCCUUUCUCUACCACUGGCUGGUUCACCUUUCCCUAGCCCCCUUCAGGGACUCACUUCCACAUCUAGAAAAAUACUGUUCCUGAUAGAGAAUCAGAAUUUUCUGCCUGGUGUCCUCCUUGCAGAAUGGUAAUGCCAAUUGUUUUUUGUUUUCACAGUCUCACUGGCAGCUUGCUGUCCAAGUUUGUGCACAUAGAAGUGCAAGAUGAGAAAAAGAGAGAAGAAAGGGAGAAGAGAGAUAAGGGAACAAUAUUUGGUAUUAUUCUUUCUAAAGGUGCCUCAGCAGCUGUGCCACUGAAUGACUGGUCUAAGUCAGCAUCUUGUGUGACCUGUGCUCAAAUUCCAUAAGCAGGUAAUGCUAUCUCUUAUUUCAGAGCAUUAAAAAUACUGUUUUUGUGAGCUGAGCUCCUGAUCUGUGAGAACAUCUGGAUUCAAACCCUGAAGAGGGUCAUAAGAACUCUUGUGGUGAAUUUGUUAGGCCUCAUGGCGGGCUCACAGAGCAGAAAAUAAUGUUUGCCGUCUUUUCUUUCUGGGAGCUUCCCAGCUCAGCUAUGUUAAAACUUCUGUACUUCAGCUCUGCACACCCAUAGCAGCCCUUCCUCCCUGGACACAGGGAGUUCAGCUAGGUGUGAGCUCUUAGUUCCCAUUUUACUUUUACUUUUCUUUCAAUAAAGAAGCAUGACAGAAGGUCUCCCACAGGUACUGGAAAGGUUUUGCUUGGUUUUGCCUCAUACAACUUCUUGUACUUUGCAUGAGUUCUGGACAACUCCUGAAGUCAUUCCACUGUUCCCAGAGUGCCUAAGCCAUGCUGAACAGACUCAAGAGCAGGCAUUCUCCCCUCCUUCUGCCCAUCCAUUUCCUUUCCCAUUCUGAACUGGCAGCAUGGAACACAGGCACCUUUGGCUUAUGUAUGGAUGUGAGAAGCAUUGUCUCCUGACACUUCUCCUGCAGCACUCAAGCAGGUGUUGGAGCACUUAACAAGACCAAAGAGAAGCAUGGUUUGUUGUUUGGAUUCUGAAUAUCUCUUUGUCUUUCCAUGCUAUUGUUUUAUUUGCUUCACUGGUCUGUUCAAUCUCAGGUAAAUGAGGUCUUUUGUUUUUCACUAGUUUUUAUUUACACAGAAAGGGUGAUGGCUAGACACUGCUGCCAUUUUUUUCACAGUUCCAAGACCUUACUGGUUAGAAAAAAGAAGUCAAAGGGCCUCCACCCUUGGAGGGUAAAGUAUUUUGCUUGCCAUUGGCCUUGUGAAAUCGCAUUAUCUUUAGAGAAAGCCAUAUGAAAUCAGAUUGCAAUAUUAAUUAUGAAUGCUACUCUUGUGUUUCAAAUAAAUAAUACAAAAUAUAAGAUCAUGUGCUAAAUAAUUUUGGAGUUCCUCUGUCUAUGUUUCUAGUACCAGGCGUUGGCUUAGGUCCCUCCCAGCCCCUCUCAUUUGUGAAGAAAGACUACACCAAUGCUGCUGAAUACAUCUUUUUGGCAAGCUUACUGUGCUAGAAUAGGCAUUGUUAGAAAUUAGCUGUUGUGACCUCAGUGUAAUGUCUUAUGUAUCUGAAAGUUGUCUGUAUCUGUUCUGAAUAUAUGUUACCAAGAUUACUGUUUCUUCAUGCACUGAGUUAGUAAAAUGUUUCAAUACUGUCAUAAAUAAAUAAAUAAAUAAA